GGUAGUCGUGUGGGUGCAGUCCGCGCUCGAGGCGCACGUUCGCCUUCGCCUUACUCAGCUGUUAUUAAUUAUUUAACAAUAAAUACAUGGACAAAAUAAUCGACAUAUUAUUUAUUUACAUUAAAGAUAAAUCAAAUGUUAUUGUAAUAUCAGUAUGAAACUGGGUGUACCGCGUAGUAAAGCUUACGGUUUAAAACCAGGGCUCAUUGCGCGUAAAUUAUUCAUUGUCUGACGGCGUCUGUUACUCUUAUUUUUUAUCUUGUUAUUAACGUGCUGUUAAACUUUUUUUUAUUGUUAUUACUCUCAUACAUUUCACUACGCCAUCGUGUCUUACUCUAUCAAAAUUAUCAACUCGUUAUCAAAAGUUUAUUAAAAAUAACCCGAUUUUUAAAUACCGUUGCUAAAAAAAAAACAAAAAGUGGCCACGAGGAUUAACGAGUGACAGGAAAUGCAGACUGAGUUGAUGUACCGAAAACCAAUGAUUACAACACGAGGAAUGUCGACAUUAAAUCACAACAUGAGUGUCCAUCGUUUUAAGAGAGAAUCUAAAGAUUCACGGGAAACAAUUCACUCUGGACAUUUUAUGGUCUCGGACUUUGAAGCUGAAGCUCAGGAUGAUGAAGACGAACUCGCUGUACCUGUACCUGAAGAAGAGGCUGUGAGAAAUACUAUUAUAGCACCUGUUGGUUUCACGUUGGGUAAAUCUAUAGCCAACUCAUUGAUGGAUAAAAGUUCACAACAGCUGAGCAUUGAAACUUCGUUGAAUAAAUUAUUCCAGUGCAUGUCGUUAGCUUACAGACAGAAGUUAACAUCACCCAAGUGGAAUCGUUUCAAAGGAAUACGUCUGAGAUGGAAAGACAAGAUAAGAUUGAACAACGUAAUCUGGAGAUGCUGGCAUAUGCAGUUUAUAUUGAAGCAAAAUACUUUGGUGUGUCAAUUUGCAUCACCUCUGGAUGUUGAUACUCAUAAUAAACCUGAAGCUGUGGUGCUUGAGGGUAAAUAUUGGAAGCGAAAACUUGCUGCUGUUACUGCUGAGUACAAAAAAUGGCGGAUGUUUUACCGAAACAAAAUACUGGGAUGGACCAACAAGGAUGGCAUGUUGGAAUCAAUGGAUAUGUUAGAUUGGGACACCGGUGUAAUGAAUUCAUCGUCUUGUUUUCCUGGGAGUAUGAUGAACUCUCAUGGAAAUGCAAGUGGUAUGCAAGGCCCGGAUAGUAUGAUGGUCGAUGAAGAUUACAUGGAAUUAAUGACAGAUACUUUGUUCUCAACAAUAAGUUCUAACCAGCCAAUUUAUUUUCCUGAUCCCCGCGAAAUCGCCAGAGGUGCAAGUCUAGCGGACUUCAUCCAACCGAGUCUCGGCCCACUUCAGCCCAACCUCGAUGACUUCAUGGAUACACUGGAGCCUCUGCAAGAAUUUUUAAAUUCAAAACUCCCGCCAGUUCCCGAGGAAGAAGACAUAUUUCGCAGCGGGACACUCAGCAGCAAUUAUUCCGAUCUAGAUUUAAUGGCAUCUAUGAAUCAAGUAAAUCAAUUAUCCGAAGCAUCAAAUGACGUCUCAGUACAGCAACAAUCACUACGUCAAGACCACAAUGACAUGCAAGCUCUCCAGUACACAGCUAAAAUUUAUACUCAGCCGCAAGACUCCUAUCGCAACAACAUGAUUGACAAUUACACAUCACGUCAAUCAUACGAAAGUCCAAUUAAAGAAAAAACUCCACGUGGUAGAUCAGGAAAUCGCAACCGCGUUAUCCAGCAGCCCCAAGCGUUCAAUCAAAACCCUCAAGUUAUUUAUCAACCCCAAUCCCGCGGUUACAAUUCAGACCUACAGCCUCUGCACCUCAAUACCAGCAACCAAGUGCCCAUGAAUUUGAAUUCAAAUCAAAUGACAAUAGACAAUGUCAAUCUCGUAACAAAUUUCUCUCUCUCCCAAGAUUCGCAGCCGCAACAACGAGUGUUACGUCCAUUGCCACAAAUAUCCGAUCCCUUCAAACUCGUGCCUCAGCAACAGAAUUAUAAAUUACCCACCGCCACAUCUCUACCAUCAUCAUCAUCAUCUUCAUCUUCAUCAACCUCAACGUCAACCUCAUCUUUAUCAUCCUCCCAGUCAUACAAUCAGUACAAAUAUAAACUAAAUAAUACAAAAGUUGCACAACCAGUAACAGUUACCGUGUCAUCAGCAAAUCCACCGCAAUCGCACAUUUUACUUCAGUGUAAGCCAUCAGGACUAGACUUGUCCACAUCAAUACAGCAGACUAAAAUCGUACCGCGUCCAUCUGGCAGUACGUCGUCUGUAAAUACCGAAAAAGAAGACAUAUUUGCGGUACCUAAAUAUCAAAUGAAAGCGCGAAGUCGUUCGCGCAGUAGCUCGGCGCUGUCAGUAACGCGGAAUCAUCCGGCGCCUUUGGUAUCAGCAGUAAGUGAUCCGGCGUUAAAUUUAAAUAACAAUGUCCUUCUUGCCCACUUGUUGACUAAUAAUACAACUGGAUUGUAUACUGUGACAAGUGGCCCGGAAAAAAUAAUUACGACUGUCGCAAAUCAGACAAUGAGCAGUAAUUCGGGCAUCAAAAAUAUACUUCCGGUUAAUAUGCUACCGAGUAAUGCUGGGCAAGUUGGUAGCACGAGUGUAAGUCAUCUGACAAAUCAUGUGGGUGUUGGUGUUGGUACUGGUGUGCAAACGUUAAGUUCAAACCCUGGACAGUCGACAAUACAGCGUGUAAAUUCAACAGUUUUGCUAACAAACCAAAGUCCGAGUCCGAGUCAUCAGCAAGUCCAGGUGCCGAGUCAUCAACAGCAGAAUAGUCCAGGCUCGCCCAAUGACUCUAGUGCGCACAGUCCUCAAGCUUUGAGCAUAAGUCCUCUUCACAGUCCGAUGAGCAUCGGGAGCCCGCUGUCACCGUCGAGGAUUUACGUCAAAGGGGAAUCUAGCGAACGCGGAACGUACAAGGAGUCGCGACGAGUUGGACACAUUCAUGCUGAACAAAAACGUAGAUAUAAUAUUAAAACUGGGUUUGAUACGCUGCAUAGUUUGAUACCGCAAUUGAAUCAGAAUCCUAAUGCCAAAUUAAGCAAGGCCGCGAUGCUGCAAAAGGGGGCGGAGUACAUCAGGCAGUUGAGGUCUGAGAGAAAUCAAUUGAAAGAAGAAAUGGACAAUUUGAGGAAGGAAAUUGAUGCACUCAACACUUCUAUAAGUAAUAGUCAGUCACAGUUACCAGCCACGGGUGCACCUGUAUCCCGACAGAGGACUAAUAAAAUGAGGGAAAUGUAUGAUGAUUAUGUACGCAAGCGUACGCAAGAAAAUUGGAAAUUUUGGAUCUUCAGCAAGUUGUUGGAGCCUUUGUUAAUAUCGUUUAAUGGCUCUGUUUCAACCUCGAGUAUAAGUGAUCUCUGUAGAAGUACGGUCAUGUGGGCUGACCAAUACUGCGCACUUGUAGAUCUUAGACCAGCUGUAUUAAAUUCAUUGAGGUAUCUCUGUACUGCAACAGACAUACUUUCAGAUCCUGAACGAUUACCUGAAGAAGCUCUGGCAGCUGUUAAUCGUACAGACAAACAAAAAUCAACGCAGUAAUAAACAUGACUGUCAUGUUUAUUAAUAAUAAUUAAU